ACUGAUUUUUUCAAAUGAAACGUUGAACCCAAUUAGAGCUGCGUUCUAAAUGAUUCAUUGGCUGAUUUCCUUGGUCUGCUGCUGCAAGCUCACAAGCAUCCAACAUAUUCAAAGAGAUGUAAAAUGAGAACUCGCUCGUGCGAUUUGUUUGGCAGUUGGAGUUAAGAAAAAUAAACAUAUUAGAAAAUAUUAAAAAUUAAAUUUAAAAUAAUUUUUUCAACAUUAUUGAAAAUGAUACUUGAAAAAACAAAAUUGUUUUGCUGAUUUUCCAACUUCAACCGGGCAUACUGAUCGAUGAUUACAAAUUUACAAUGUUUUAUGGCAUUGGAUAUCAUCACCAUUUUGUCAUCAUUGUCAAUAGUUCAUUAUAAUUUUGUUAAUAUAACUAUCAAUAAUAGAAGGGAUAUAUAUAUAUUUCAUUUUAAUUGUGUUUUUUCUUUUCUUGCUGGCUAAGAUUUUCCCAGUAUUUAUAUAUAAUAAAUCAUUAUUUGGGCUUUUUAAGAUUCCUGUUUUUACACAUUUUAGCCGAGCUCAUGUGUGUUCUGGAUGAACAUAUUGAAGUCUAAAAGCCCAGCUUAGCCCAGAAAGGAAACCCUAGGCCUAGGAUACCACAAUUCACUGAUCUCUAUCAUAACACGUCUCAUUUGUACGCUUCAUUUCAGAUACUAGCUCUCAUCACUGGUUACUGAAGAGAGAGCUACUCUCAAAACCCUUUCUUCUCUAGCCGCCUCCGUCUCCACGCUUUUGACGGGUGUACUUAUUGAUAGUAAUUGGCGGUGAACACUAAAGGCUAGUCAAGAUGGUGAAGUUUACAGCUGAGGAGCUUCGUCGUAUUAUGGACUUUAAGCACAACAUCCGUAAUAUGUCUGUCAUUGCACAUGUUGAUCAUGGGAAGUCAACUCUUACCGAUUCUCUUGUGGCUGCUGCUGGUAUCAUAGCACAAGAAGUUGCUGGUGAUGUCCGUAUGACUGAUACCCGACAGGAUGAAGCAGAGCGUGGUAUUACAAUUAAAUCUACUGGUAUCUCACUCUACUAUGAAAUGAGUGAUGAAGCCCUCAAAAGUUACAAGGGAGAGAGGAACGGAAAUGAGUACCUUAUCAAUCUCAUUGAUUCCCCUGGACACGUUGACUUUUCAUCUGAAGUCACUGCUGCUCUUCGUAUUACUGAUGGUGCACUUGUGGUGGUUGAUUGUGUAGAGGGUGUCUGUGUCCAAACUGAAACUGUGCUCCGUCAGGCCUUGGGUGAAAGGAUUAGGCCUGUCUUGACUGUCAACAAGAUGGACAGGUGCUUUCUUGAGCUCCAGGUUGAUGGAGAGGAGGCUUAUCAAACAUUCCAGAGGGUCAUUGAAAAUGCUAAUGUUAUCAUGGCAACGUAUGAAGAUCCCCUCCUUGGUGAUUGUCAGGUCUACCCUGAGAAAGGAACAGUUGCCUUUUCUGCUGGUUUGCAUGGUUGGGCUUUCACCUUGACAAACUUUGCUAAGAUGUAUGCCUCAAAGUUUGGAGUGGAUGAGUCUAAGAUGAUGGAAAGGCUAUGGGGUGAGAACUUCUUUGACCCGGCUACUAAGAAGUGGACUACCAAGAACACUGGCUCUCCAACUUGCAAGCGUGGCUUUGUGCAGUUCUGUUACGAGCCUAUCAAGCAGAUUAUCAAUACUUGCAUGAAUGACCAGAAGGAUAAAUUGUGGCCGAUGUUGCAAAAGCUUGGAGUCACCAUGAAGUCCGAGGAGAAGGAUUUGAUGGGAAAGGCUUUGAUGAAGCGUGUUAUGCAGACCUGGCUUCCUGCAAGCAAUGCUCUGCUGGAAAUGAUGAUCUUUCACCUUCCUUCUCCUGCCAGGGCCCAGAAGUAUCGUGUUGAGAACUUGUAUGAGGGUCCUCUUGAUGAUCCUUAUGCUACUGCUAUCAGGAACUGUGAUCCUGAGGGCCCACUUAUGCUUUAUGUUUCUAAGAUGAUUCCAGCUUCCGACAAGGGUAGGUUCUUUGCUUUUGGUCGUGUAUUCUCUGGAAAGGUCUCAACCGGUCUAAAGGUCAGGAUCAUGGGUCCAAACUAUGUCCCUGGUGAGAAGAAAGACUUGUAUGUUAAGAGUGUUCAGAGAACUGUUAUUUGGAUGGGAAAGAAGCAGGAAACUGUUGAGGAUGUCCCGUGUGGUAAUACUGUAGCCUUGGUUGGUUUGGAUCAAUUUAUCACUAAGAAUGCAACUUUGACCAACGAGAAGGAAGUUGAUGCCCAUCCCAUUCGGGCUAUGAAGUUCUCCGUCUCACCAGUUGUGCGUGUUGCUGUUCAAUGUAAGGUUGCAUCUGAUCUCCCCAAGCUUGUUGAAGGUCUAAAGCGUUUGGCCAAGUCAGAUCCUAUGGUUGUAUGUACCAUUGAGGAGUCUGGAGAGCACAUCAUUGCUGGUGCUGGGGAACUUCACCUCGAGAUUUGCUUGAAGGAUUUGCAGGAUGAUUUCAUGGGUGGAGCAGAGAUCAUCAAGUCAGACCCAGUUGUGUCCUUCCGUGAGACUGUCCUUGAGAAAUCUUGUCGUGUGGUGAUGAGCAAGUCCCCUAACAAGCACAAUCGUCUUUACAUGGAGGCAAGGCCUAUGGAGGAUGGGCUUGCUGAGGCCAUUGAUGAGGGUCGUAUCGGUCCUAGGGAUGAUCCCAAGGCACGGGCUAAGAUAUUGUCUGAGGAAUUUGGUUGGGAUAAAGAUCUAGCAAAGAAAAUUUGGUGUUUUGGUCCGGAGACCACUGGACCUAACAUGGUUGUUGAUAUGUGUAAGGGAGUGCAGUACCUCAAUGAAAUCAAGGACUCUGUCGUAGCUGGUUUCCAGUGGGCUUCAAAAGAAGGUGCCCUGGCUGAAGAAAACAUGAGGGGUAUCUGCUUUGAAGUAUGUGAUGUGGUUCUUCAUGCUGAUGCUAUUCACAGAGGUGGUGGCCAGGUCAUUCCCACUGCUAGGAGGGUUAUCUAUGCAUCUCAACUCACAGCCAAGCCUAGGCUUCUUGAGCCAGUUUACUUGGUUGAGAUCCAGGCCCCAGAGCAAGCCCUUGGCGGUAUUUAUAGUGUUCUGAACCAGAAACGUGGGCACGUCUUUGAGGAAUUCCAGAGGCCUGGCACCCCCUUGUACAACAUCAAGGCCUAUCUCCCUGUUAUUGAGUCUUUUGGAUUCUCUAGUACUUUGAGAGCUGCUACAUCUGGACAGGCUUUCCCACAAUGUGUUUUUGAUCACUGGGACAUGAUGUCUUCUGAUCCACUAGAAGCAGGUUCGCAGGCAGCACAGCUUGUUGCAGACAUCCGCAAGAGGAAGGGCUUGAAGGAGCAGAUGACUCCUCUAUCUGAGUACGAGGACAAAUUGUAAGCACUUCAUCAAGUUGAUAAGCUACAGGAUUUUGAGCUGCAAAAUUUGUUGUUGCUUUUUAGUUUUGCUCUCCUCUGUUUCUUUCUAUUGUUAGUUAAUGUUUUGAUAUUACAUUCCCAUUUAGAAGCUUAAUUAUGACGAGGACUAUUGAUUAAUGUUCUGUGGUUUUAACAUUUAUCAUGUUUUGAACUAUUUUGAGAAACUUUGAUCAAGUUUUGCUUAUUUAUUUUCA